UCCCUCAGUGCGCGUGCUCCGUGCAGGAUGCUGAAUUGUAGGUGAUGAUGGCGGAAGGGGAGCACCGCUGAGUUUCCUUUGAGUUUUUAUUACAGCUGUAGAAGCAUCCACAACAUAGCUCGUCUCCGCCGAGACCAUCGACGAGGGGAUGGGGAACGAGGCCAGCAUGGAGGGGGAGGGACAGGCAGGGCAGCCCGGCCCCGCCGUCCCUGCAGCGGGGGCUCCGACUUCCAUUUCAGCACCACCGGGCUCUGGACAGCUCCUCAAGCCGAGCAACGGUGCGCCGGCCGGGGGAAGCGGAGCCGCUCCCAGGCCGGGGAUUAACAGACCACCUCCAUCAGACCCUAAACCAGGAGGUCAGAGCGGUCAUGGAACAGGGGACAGGUUAGCCUCCCAUGACGCUUCCCAGCAUGCUGCACCUCAAGGAACGCAGGGCGAAGGCCACGCUGCCAGGAGGAACCUCCAGGUGGAUUUGGGUAGCAACAGGAGUGGAAGAUCUCCUUCUGUGUCCCCGGACCGCGGCAAUGUCCCCACCUCCCCUUACUCUGUGCCUCAAAUCGCUCCCAUGCCCAGCAGCAAGCUGUGCCCCGUCUGCAAAAACACUGACCUGAUGGCAGCUGGGGAUGACAAGCUGAGCUUCAACACCUGCACACAGUGCCACUCCAUGGUGUGCAACCAGUGUGGCUUCAACCCCAACCCUCACCUCACAGAGGUGCAGGAGUGGUUAUGCCUGAACUGUCAAAUGCAAAGAGCGUUGGGUAUGGACAUGGACACACCGCGAUCAAAGAGUCAGCAGCAGAUCCACUCUCCCUCUCAUCCCACCAAUCCAGAUGUUAAACCUGAAUCUGCAGCUCAGCCUGCACCGCAGACACAAACCCCUCAUCCAAAGCCGCUUUCAGCACAGACUCAUCCAGGACCUGCUCCUACAAAACAGACUGGUCCAGGCCAGCAACAGGUUAAGCUUCCCCCAGGGGCAGUCCCUCUUCCUGGAAUGGCCAAGGCCCCCUCGCAGCCUGAUCUUUCUCGGAAUUCCCCUGCUCACCAACCCCAACACCCGCGCCAGGACCAAACCCGCAGUGCAGGAAGCUCUCCUUCCCGACAGCCCCCUCCCCCAGAGCAGACAUUUGGAAAGUUGUUUGGCUUUGGUGCAUCUCUUCUAAACCAAGCCAGCACGCUCAUAUCUGAGACUACCCAACCCCAACAGCAGCCCCCAAAACCAGCUCCCAAACCCGGGGGGCCUCCAGGUCCAGUUUCUGGAGCGAGUAAACCCUCAGCAUCACAUCCUGCACAACAAGGGCCUCACGCAUCCACUCAGCAGCAGCAGCAGCAGCAGCAGCAGCAGCGAGCUCCUUCGGACCCAUCCAAGCCUAAAACCUGCUGCCCACUCUGUAAAACAAGCCUCAAUGUUGGAAACACAUCAGAACAGCCCAACUACAACACCUGCACUCAGUGCCACUCCCAAGUGUGCAACAUGUGCGGAUUCAACCCCACCCCGCAUCUAACCGAGAAGAAAGAAUGGCUUUGCUUAAACUGCCAGACACAGAGGGCUCUGUCUGGAAGCUUGGGAGACAUCCCAGCUCCUAUGGCACAACCCAUGGGAUCCCCGCGGGCAUCUGCUCCAUCCAAUCAGCAAACAGCUCAACAGAAAUCUCCCAGUCACCUUUCAGGGCCUAGGGCCACAGUUCCUCAGCAACAACAGAAACCAACGGGUUCCCAAGUAAGUGGCCCCCUUUCUAACGGGAAGGAGGCUGAGCCAGCCUCUCAAACAAAAAGGUUCAGCCAAACUUCCCCUCAAACCAAGUGUUCAACUCAGCCAACCUCCCAUGUUAAGGGUCAAACACAGCCUUCAGCUCAGAGUAGGGGGCCUGCUCAAGCCAAAGGUCCUAAUAUGUCACAUGCUCAAAGUAAGCCUCCCACACAGCCUGCUAACCAGACGAAGGGCCCGGGUCAGGUCAAAGGGCUGACUCAGACCAAAGGAUCUGCUCAGCCCUCUGCUCAGACUAAGGGUUCUUCCUCCUCCUCUGGUGCCAAGACUUCAUCCAGCCUUGGUAAAGCUUCAGCCAGCAAUGCCAAGACCACCACCACCCCUUCAAAGACAACACCUACUCAGUCUAAACCCACAGGUAUCAGCCAGGCCCGCAAACAGCCCCAAAGCCAGGAGAAGACUAAAGUUGCACCCAAAUCUCUGAAAGAAGAUGUCAAAGUCUCAACAAAGAAGACAUUGUCAGAGAAUCUCACUUCUCCAAAAGAAAGGACGAUAUCUGAAGAUGCUCAGAAGUCAAGACACCAUGAAGAUUACAAUAAAUCUAGUACACAGAGUCUAAGUGACACUGGGUACUCUUCAGAUGGGAUCUCCAGCUCUCAAGGGGAAAUUACAGGUCGGAUUCAGGAAGAAGGAAUCAAGCUUAAUGAAAGAGGUUCUCUCAUCCCCUCUGAGAUAAGCAAGCUGGAGACUUCCAUUACACCCCUGCUACAAUCAAAGGCUGCUCAAGACCAGAAGCACAGGCCACAUUCAUUGUCUGUGGGACAAGAGCGGGACUACAACCCUGAAGAUGAUGCAGCAAAAGACGAAUCAGAGGACGACCUAAGCUGUAAACUCCGUCAUGAUUAUGUGGAGGACAGCAGUGAAAGUGGUCUCUCACCUUUGCCAGUAAGACAAAAAAAGUCACAUAAAGUCUUAACAGAUGAAGAGUACAUGAGGAGACAAAUCAUGGAAAUGAGUGCUGAUGAAGAAGAAUCCGAAUAUGGAAACCAGAAAGCUAAAAAGCCACACAAAACCAGUGGGGAUGCAAGCAAAGAGAGAAGGCGGCUCUCUCACCAGUCCAAUAGUUUUGAAGAUGAUACAAAGGGAUCAGAGGAAGCAUCAAAGGAUGAUGUUGUUAUGGCUGGAGGCCUUCGGCGGUUUAAGACCAUUGAGCUUAAUAACACCAACAGCUACAACCGAGAAAUUGAGCUUAGUAGUGAGCAUGAUUUACGGGAACCUGAGUUAGAAAUGGAAAGCCUAACUGGUUCUCCAGAGGAGCGUUCUAAAGGAGAAUAUUCAUCCACUUUACCUGCUACCACUCCCAGCUAUACCUCUGGUACAUCUCCCACAUCUGUAUCAUCUAUGGAAGAUGACAGUGACAGUAGUCCAAGUCGGAGAGCACGACUCGAGGAAGCAAAACAGCAGAGGAAAGCUCGACAUCGUUCCCAUGGACCAUUGCUGCCAACAAUUGAAGACUCAUCUGAGGAGGAUGAGCUCAGAGAGGAGGAAGAACUACUUAGAGAACAAGAGCAAAUGAGAGAUCUAGAACAGCAGAGAAUUCGAAGUACAGCCCGAAAAACAAAGAGAGACAAAGAGGAGCUACGGGCGCAGAGGCGCAGAGAAAGGUCAAAAACUCCCCCAAGCAAUCUUUCUCCCAUUGAGGAUGCAUCACCAACAGAGGAAUUGAGACAGGCUGCAGAGAUGGAGGAACUUCACAGAUCCUCCUGCUCUGAAUACUCCCCUUCUAUGGACUCUGAGGCAGAAGGGUUUGAGAUGAUUGGUGGAAAACUUUACAAAUCAGGGAAAGAAUUUAACCUUCCAACUUUCACAUCACUCUACUCCCCAACAGAAAAGACAUCAGCAAUGUCACCAUCUGAUAAAACCUUAAAAAGUGCUGAAGAAGUUUAUGAAGAGAUGAUGAGGAAAGCACAGCAGAUGCAGAGGCAAGGGCAAGCGGUUAUUCAGCAGAAAGGUUUAUCGCAAUCAGAUAGUGGGCAUCAUCUUGAAUCUGGUACUUCUCUAACACCAGGCUCAAGCCCAACACAGGUUACUGCUCCUACGACCUUCCCAACAUCAGGGAAUGAUACAAGAAUGACAGGUAUUCAUGCUGCACAGCAUUUAUCAAAAGAAACACAAAACAGAAUGAUGACACAGAGUGCCAAAAUUGAAGGUGUUGUUGGAGUUGCAACAACCAAAGCCCAAAUGAGUCAAGGUGCUCAAACUCGACAAGCAGGUAACACAGUAACAGCUAGCAGUAGAGCAAGUUCGCAGAGGCCAUCACAAGCAACACAGGACCCUGGUUCAGCUUCUCUUACUUCCAAAGUGUUUUCCUUGUUUAAAGGUCCUAGCCCCCCAGUUUCCCCCACUACAUCUCCAACACAAAGCCCAAUGCACACACCAUCUGUUCGCCCUACCAGUGGAAGCGGAAGACAGCUGCCAUCUUUGCCUGGUGCUGCUACAACAGCUCCACCAUCUCAUGGAACUCAAGCAACUCAUAGGACAAUGUCCUCCCGUCUUGUGCGACAGCCAUCUUCUCAAGAUGCACCAGUCAUGGUGAUAACUUUAGGCUCUGAAACAUCAAGUCCUGCCAAGCCACUCACUGUAAAUUCUUCUACUUCCCCACUGUCAUCACCAACACAAGCAGGUGGUAAAACACUUUAUGGCUCUCAACCCCCUGUAACAGAUUCCCCAUCAUCACCAAAAAUGCAGCAUUUACAGCAGGCCCAAAAGAAUUCUUCUCCUAAGGCUCAAAACAUGGAAAAAAUAACUGUUGCUGUUGGAGCUGUGACAACAAGUUGUGGCUCAAUGGAAGAUACAUCUCCUAAAAAGAUUAUACAUUUUCAAGGUUCUUCAGUGGUAGUUGGUCAGGGUCAAACAAAUCCAGGAACCAGUGUUGUUGAUCUGAGGGCUCCAUUAAGGGCAGCUCCAAUUAUAAUGACAGACCAGGGGAUGGACCUUACCUCUCUUGCCUCAGACACAAGACGAUACUCUUUAGGAACUGAACAAUCAGCUGGUAAACACACAGCAGUGCAACCUCUUAUUAUGAAUUUAAAUGCACAAGAACAACCUCAUGUAUCUGUGUCAACACCAACAACAGUUAGUGUAACAGUUGCAGGAUCAAUGCUCAUGUCCCAACCCAAGCAGCCAGUUGUGUAUGGAGAUCCAUUACAAAACCGUGUGGAUCUAGGGCAGGGUGUUGGAUCAGCUGUUUGUUUAACCCAGAGUAAGCCCGCAAUUUCUGACCCAUCUAUUCCCAAAAUUGAUGCUUGCCUGGAAAAUCUUGGUAUACAACAACAACAACUACAGUUACAGCAGCAGAAGCUCCUGCAACAGCAGCAACUUCUAGAGCAGCAGCUUCAGCAGCAUCAACAGCAGUCCUCUUUUGCCCGUUACAAUUUAGCAAAUCAGGUGCAGCCUCUGCUGAUGAAGAAAGACAUUGCAGUGACCCAGACAAGUAGUGCCCAGCCUAUAGUGACUGCUAGUGCCAUACUUAGAGUAUCCCCUUUGGCUCCACCAUCAAUUCCAGGAGGUUCUACUUCCCAUGUACCACAUGAAAUAUUUGGUGGGGUUGCCUUAGAACUGAAAAAUAAGCCAACAGUAAUGAAUCUUUCUACUGGUAAGCCCCAUGUCAUGAUGGUACAACUUGAUGAAAGUAAUGUGUCACCAGGUGGCACAGUGACUCAGCUUGUAAAACAAGAGGAGCAGCCUCCUCCUCCUACUCCUCAGGUCUUGGAUCUAACUGGGCCGCUCAAACCAGAAAGCCAAGUUGCUUGUUGUGAUGUCGUUUACAAAUUGCCAUUUGCUGGGUCCUGUUCAGGUUCUUUCACUCAAAAGCCUACCCCAGUAUCUUCAGAAAAAAAUACUCCUGUUAAUACUUCCCAAGCAGCCAAGCCUACCCACUUAUUCCAUGACAUUAUCAACGAAAAACAGCAACAACAGCAGGCUCAACCAACAAAAGUUUUGAAAGAGGAAUAUAAAAUGUAUUCACUUCCCUCCGAAAGAAUACAGCCUUCCAUGCCUGAUGCAAAUCUGCCUUCUAUAACUGAUGCUGUCAAUUAUCAGAGUAAUGCCCAAGGGGGUUUGGCGGUAAAUCUCAGCACUAUGAACCAAGCCUAUGAAUAUGGAGCCCUUGGCAUGGGAGCACAAUAUGGUUCGUACACAGACUUGCGCCAUCAGGGAGAUUUGCCAGCCCCUUCAUUACCACUUCGCCGAUACGGCUCACUGUCAAACAUUAAUUCCGACUAUGCAUACACAUCACGUGACCAAACAGGCUUACCCGACUCUAAUCUGGCUCAGUAUAGUGCAACCACAGCUAGGGAGAUCAGCCGCAUGUGUGCAGCUCUGAACACUGUUGACCACUUUGGUAGCCGUUAUGGAAAUAGUCCUGAACUUGCAUCAUAUGGGGCUGGUAGAGGUGGGCCUUUAGCAAGGUUAAACCUCCAUCAAAGCUUAGCAUCAAUAAAAGCAAACUUACUCUAUGGACCAGAUGGAAGACCAACAGCAAACGGCCAAAGUUUAACAAAUCUAAUAAAUGCUAGACAAGCUAGCUUACGAGCUAUGUAUCCUACAGCUGUGAGAGGAAGUGAUGGUAUAAUAUAUUCUACCAUAAAUACUCCCAUUGCUUCAACUUUACCAAUUACUACACAGCCUGCCCCAGUCCUCCAUCCCAUGCCAAGGGGAAUUUACAGGCCAUACCCUACAGCUGUAACUGCUGUACCUUUGGCUAGUCUUACGAGGUUGCCUCAAAUGACUCCUAGGAUGCCUCUAGCGGCUCAAGGACCAUAUCCUUACCCUACUCCAAAUCAGUAUUCCAGUGCAGCUCCACCAUCAGGAGGUGUUACUGCAGAGAGCAGCUCUCAUCAGGAAACUCCAGUAUACCUUGGAAAACCUUUAACCACUAUUGCAACAAUUCAACCAAUCCAGUCGGUCGUUCAUUUAGAAGCACAUGAUGUACCUGCAACUAGUGUGCAAAGUACCUCAGAUCAGCAACUAGAUAGGACUCAAUUUACCUCACAAAGUAAUACAUUUAAAGCCCAGGGGCAACUUUCAACUGCUCAAUCACUGCAGGCUCAAAUGCCGUCACAACAGUUACCUACCCAAAGUGAACCUUUAUCUUUAACUCAAACCCAACCUCGACCGACUAGUCAGCCUCAGUCAUUGGCUGUGUCACAAGGGGAGUCACAAGCAACUCCACAUAAAGAUGCUCAAGUGACAGGCCCUAAACUGUCUCCGCCCGUUGAGGUACAGAAAGGUAAAGAAGAGGAGCGACUUAGUCAACAACAAGAGCACGUGCUUCAACUAGAACGGGAGCGUGUUGAAUUGGAGAAAGUACGCCAAUUGCGUCUGCAUGAGGAGCUUGAAAGAGACCGUAUGGAGCUUCAGCGCCACAGAGAAAAAGAACAGCUACUCGUUCAACGAGAAAUUCAGGAACUACAGACAAUCAAACAGCAAGUACUACAGCAACAGCAAGCAGAGAGGGAGACACAACUGAUAAUGCAAAGAGAACAACUGGCCCAGCAGAGAUUACAACUUGAGCAAAUCCAGUCACUGCAGCAUCAGUUGCAGCAGCAGUUGGAAGAGCAGAAAAGACAAAAGACCGCAGCAGUGGAGGCAGCAGCUGCUGCUGCAGCUGAGGCUGCUGCAUCAGCUGCAGCUGCAGCAGCAACAUCUGCCCAGGGUGCUAUACAAGGGGUUGUUGUUGGAGGUGGAGCUCCUCAAGGGUUCAUUAUCUGUGACCAGAGUGGUAGAGUCCUUCAGCAAGAUGGACAAAGUGUUCAGUUUUGGCAGGAUGGGCAAGUUGUUCAAGCUGUUGUGGCUGCUCGACCCAUUCAAAGUUCAGCUUCAGAGAUGUCUCUGAGAAGCAGUGACAAGCAGACUGAUUCCAAGAUGAUGAAAAAGCAGAAUUCUAUGCCCCGAUUGAGGGAUGGCUUGGAGGAGGACUCAGUGAAAAGAAUUGCAGACAGCUGUGUGCAAACAGACGAUGAAGAUGGAGAAGAACGAUUCAUGAAUAGGCGUAGGAGAACAAGACGUAUAGCAGACUGCAGUGUGCAGACUGAUGAAGAAGAUCAAGGAGAGUGGGAUCAGCACCCAGUAAGGCGCAGAAGAUCACGGGUAUCCAAGCACUCUGAACCUGGUAGUGAAGCAAAGUCUGAAGGCUCAUCAAAAGUGGCUUCUGCAAGCAUAGCAAUUCAGACCACUAAUGAUUCAUCAUGCCAAACAGAGCCAGACCAACUUGGCAGGGUUUCGCCUGCAAUUCACAUUACUAUGGCAGAGACCUCGAAGGUUGACCUCUUACAUUAUAUAGCAGCUCCUGAAAGAACUCACAAAGGGGAGAGUCUGGCUUGCCAGACAGAGCCAGAGUCUCAUUCUCAGGGAGUGGUGGCACCGCAGUUGAGUGUCCCCACAACUAUCAGCCCAUACUCAACAAGUCUGCACAUUGUAGGUGCAAACACACCUGAAUCAGCCUCUCCAAGACUUCAAGGAGUUGCCAAAUUUGAAAGGAGAAAACCAGACCCUCUGGAAAUUGGAUAUCAUCAGACGCAAAACGAGCCCACAUCUCGACACCCUCCGAAAUCUCCUCAAGUGUUAUACUCUCCGGUAUCACCAUUGUCACCUCAUCGCAUGCUGGAAACAACAUUUACCUCACAGGAAAAACUUAACAAGGCUCACGUUACACCUCAGCAAAAGGCAUUUACAGCAGAGUCUCCCCAACGUCACCAGUCAUUGCCAAGACCAAUAAAAAGUGUGCAGCGCUCCAUGUCUGAUCCAAAGCCUCUUAGCCCUACAUCAGAGGAUCCUGCCAAAAACAGGUUUUCGCCGUAUCAUCAGCAAGCUGUAGCCAACAGUCAGAUGACCUCCCUGCAGCAACACCAGAACUCUCUGAUGAGGAAGAUAAAGAGGACUCUCCCCAGCCCCCCUCCAGAGGAGUCACCCAUCCCCAUCGUCACUCCAGCACAAAUGUAUAGUUCUCCUGGAAUAACCCAAAGAAUUCAUCCAAGACCUGCCCAUGCAGUCACAAAGACCGGGCUGUUGAGCGAGUUAAAAGCUGUUGAACAAGAAUCGACAAAGCUCCGUAAGCAACAGGCUGAGUUGGAGGAAGAGGAAAAGGAGAUAGAUGCUAAGUUGCGCUGUCUGGAGUUGGGAAUCACCCAGCGUAAGGAGACCAUGGUAAAAGACAGGGAGAGGAGAGAGCUGGCUUACCUGAGAUGCAUGGGUGAUGCUCGAGACUACAUGUCAGACAGUGAGCUGAAUAACCUCAGGAUGGGGGCAGGAACCUUUGAUGCCAAUGGUUUGCUCACGAGACCUAGCACUGCUCCAUUGAGUCAGUUUACCAAUGACAUCACUUCAACUUCCCAGUAUCCUUCCACUUCAUCAUAUCUGCCAUAUCCAUAUCCUCAAAGUCAACCAUCAGCUCCACAACAAAGCUCCUAUCAGCAGAUAGGUUUCCAAUCUCCUCAGUACUCAUCCUCCUCUGCACCUCAGCCUGGAACUUUCCAGCCCCACCCACCGCCAGGCCCAGGAUACCAGAAUCAAACCUAUUCUUCCCGAAUGUACACCCAGUCCUCUUACCAAACAGACAUUGGCAUGCAGCAGCAUGGCCAUCAAGGCUUCCAUCCACCAGCUCAGCCCAUGCCAGCACAGACCCUUCCUUACCCCACCCAUAGCUCUUACCAACUUGGCCUUACAUACCAGCCCCAAGCCGAAAUCCUUACAGUCCAUCAAAGGCCCAGGCAAACAUCUUUGGCAGAUCUUGAACAAAAAAUCCCCACCAAUUACGAGGUUAUCAACAACCCUGCAGUGUCAGUGGCCACCUCAGCUCCAGACCCCAACUUUGGUCCGACUUACAGCAAUGCAUACGGACAAUAUCGCCCUCCCGAGCCUGGCUUGACUCAUUCUGUGGAAAGUCCCACCUCUGCUUAUCCUUCAGAUGGUCUUUACACAUCCAACCUAGAGCAGAACAUUCCAAGGAACUAUGUAAUGAUUGAUGACAUUAGUGAGUUGACAAAAGACAACACUGGUCAACCCACCGAUGCUCUGGGUCAUCCUACUGGAGGGCGUUAUCGCAAUGAAAAUGGCCCUGCACGAGGCACCUAUGGCAGGCCUGAAGAUGGGCCUCUUGAUGCUUAUGGUAGACCUAUGAGUUCAGCUGGUUACCAGAGCACAGUAGACACACGCACCAGCACCACAGUAAGUGGAGGAUCGCCCUAUUACUAUGAUGAUUAUAAACAUUCAACGCGCUCUGGUAGCCACAAACCAACUUCAAAAAAUCUGGCUCCUGCCGUAGUCUCUUCUAAACGCAGCAAGCACAGGAAGCAAGGAAUGGAGCAGAAGAUUUCAAAAUUCUCCCCAAUUGAAGAAGCACGGGAUGUGGAAUCAGAUCUUGCCGCUUAUCCAAUGGCAACUUCAAGUGGGAGUACAGGUGCUGUCGGGUCAAGAUCCAAAAGGCAUCAGGAUGAUAUGACAUAUGGGAUGAAAAGAAAUGUGUAUGAUCAGCAAAAGUACUAUGGAACCAGUCGCGAUAGACUUGAAGAAGAAGAUCGUAUGUACAGUUCUGGCAGGUCCAGGUCUACAGGAUAUGGUAUGGACAAGAUUUCAUCCAGAGAUGCUACUGGCCACCGCAGUAAGUCCUAUGAGAGAGAUGCUAUGGAGCGUUCUCAGAGAAGCAGCCGCAGUGGAGGACCUCCCAUGCGCAAUCAGAAUUCAGAGGAGGAGAGCCCACUCAGUCCUGUUGGAAAACCUGUUGGUAUGGGAAGAGGCUCUGUCAUUUCAGAAGCUCAUGACGUGAGAAACCAGUAUGGCUCCAGCCAUUCCCUGCCAGAUGUGCAGGACCACCACAAGAAGGACCUUCCCAGAAGUCAUGUGUACAAACCUGAUGAUCCGUAUCUUGUAGAUGACAUGCACUGUGCUGUUUCUGACAGUGAAGCAUAUCACUUGAGCCAAGAGGAGACUGACUGGUUUGAAAAACCACGCGAGGCGCGUUCCGAUCGUUCAAAACAUCAUGGAGGUGGAAGUCACUCCUCUACAGGCAGACGAAGUAAACACACUUACCAUGAUUAUGAUGAGCCUCCAGAGGAAUAUUGCCAACAAGAUGAGUACAACCAACAGCGACAUACUUCAACAUCACGGGAGCACCGUCACCAUGGCAGCAAUUCUGGGAGACAUGGGUCAUCUCGUCAUGGUACAGAAGAUGCAAGAUCCUCGCGCUCUUCAAGGGCACAUUCCAAAGACCCACCUGGCCGAACUGAUGGCAGGAGUUCUUCAUCUGCUCAGAGAAGGAAUGUUACCGAUAACCGCUCUGCUCAUGGAAGCCCUCGCAACUCAGGAGACUUCUCUCGUGACUCAGUUUCUGGUCAUCACCAUGGUACAGGAGGAAGGAGCCAGAGACCACAAGAUCGCACAUCAACCAGAAGACAAGAUCCUUCAAAACCACAGCAGAUCCCGCAAGGUCAUACUGGGCAGCAGCGGCCAGGUGGUCAAGGACAGUCGGAGGGAUUCCCAGGUUCUGAUCACCUUGAUGGUACCCAACAGCAGCACCAGCAGAGUGCAAAUCAGCAGCUACAACCACAGCAACAACCCCAGCCUUCUCAGAGCAGCCAGUCCACAACAACCCCUGCAGGACUGGGACAAGCACAGCAGCAGCAGCAACAACAACAACAGCAACAACAGCAACAACAACAACAACAACAACAGCAGCAGCCGCAGCAGCCGCAGCAGCCCAGAUCUGCACAAGCUCCAUCACAAGGGCGCCAACCAGGGAUUGGGUCUGCACCAGGGCAACCUGCCCCAAUGGCACCUGCAGCAUCAGCAGCAGGAAUGAAGCCUACGGCAGGAAUCUCGAGUGCACCCCAGCCUUCCAAAAUACCUACACCCCCUUUAACAGGCAUUGGUUCCAAAGCAGCACCUGUUGGAAUUGGGAGUAAACCCAUGGGCAUAGGUACUGCUGCAGCAGGCCAGGUACCCCCUGAAGGAGAAAAUGUCCUCACCAAGAUCCUACAGGGCGGAGCAGCUGAGCAAGCUGGAAAAUUAGGAGAUGCUUUGUCUGGACUUGGAAAGAAGUUCACCUCAUUUUGGUGAAGUGAAGAGAGAAUAGUCAAUAGUGAGAAUGAAGUGCAGAGGGAAAGGAACACAGCUUUCUGUCAUCUUCAUAAGAAGUCCAUCUUCAAGAGAGAACAAGCUCUGCUUUGCUGUGGUGGAAAAAUUGUGUGUUAGUCCAGAUCUGCCUCUGCUUAUAACAACUCAGUGAAGGAAGCCUUACAGCGCCCUCUACAGAGAUGUUAAUGCGACACCGCUGUUAUUGGCAGAGUGCACACGAAUUCUGGAAUGAUGUCUUCAGAAUACUUCAUGUAAAACAACAAAAAAGAACUCAUUUCCUAGGUUUUCUUGUUCUACAGAGACUGAGUUCAGCCCAAAACGACACCUUUUGUCUGGACCGGAUAAGACAUAUCACAGCAACGGCGACCAACCUGUUGAUUCUCCUGAAGUCCUCAACAGCUUGGUUUCUCUGAUCUCCACAGUACAUUCCAGUAAAGGGAACUCGACCCUUUCUUUGAAUGUGUUUUUAGUUUUUGUCUUAUCAUUUUAGUGUCUGUAGAAUGGAUUAUGUACAUGUAAACAAGUAUAGUCGCACACAAAUUAAAAAGAAAAAAAAAAGAACCCAUUUCAGCACUUUUUCACAACUAAAGAGUUGCCACUAGUCGUUAGGUUUGUAGAGAAGAUUGCUACCAGUGUGCCCACAGUGUGAUCUUCACACAUAGAAGAGGACCAAAUGAAAAAGUGGCAAAGGGUCUUUAUUAGCCAUUGCAAAGCCAUCGUUUAUUCAGCCCCAGAGCAUUUUGGGACUUUCUCCUAUUUAAACAUGUUUGAUAUGUACUAUUUUUAAUUUUCCUUUAUUUUUCUUAUUUUUUGCCUGAUGUUCAAUGAUUGAUGGAGCCUUAUUCAGAAUAUGUUUUCACUUGUAUACCUCAUAUGUUAAGCACCCAUAUCAUCCAUUUUUUUUUACGCUGUAAACUACUGUAUGUACAUAAAUCAGAAAUCUGAUAUGUAAAUUUGUCAUUUGUUUAUUUAAUGAAAACAAAUCUCCUGUGACUUUUUUUUUUCUUUUUUGGUCAAUGUUAAGUGUCUUUUCUUGGUAUAACUUAAUAUUUUUCACUUGAUAUUUGUUUCCUUGCAUUGAAUAACUUGAUUUUUAAAAAGCAAUAGCAUGCAGCAAAUGGUCUACAGCACAAUGGUAUAAAUGUUGUUUUCAGUUAGUCAAUGGGAAAUAUCAAAACACCUUUGUUGAUAAAUAUGUAUGAAACAUUUUGUCAUGAGGGUUUACAGCCACAGUACCAUGUAAAGACAUGCAUGUUAUGCGCGGAUGCAUAAGAGCAUGCAGACGAGUAUGCCUCCAUGCACACUAUUUUUUGUCACACAGUACAAACAUUUUUAUCCUUGUUUCACAUCAGAGCCAAGGUUGAGUUCGCAUCAAACAGACCUGUUACCUUGUCAACCGAUUCUCGAGCCUGCUAGGCUUACUUCCUAGCGUGUGCAAACACACGCGUCACACAUGCACAGGUGCAGGCGAGGACACGGCGAUUCUCCAUUCAAAUGUUCUAUGCAAUGACUCAUUUUGAAACUGGAAGCGAUUCAGCUUAAAAGAAUUUCUCAUCAUCACUAUAAUCAUAAGAAAACAAUUACGUGAAAUUAUUAUAAAAAAAAAGUAGUACUGGAAAUGUUUUUACUAAACCAUGUGUCUGUAUGAGUUUGAACAUUGAAUAUUGAACUAAAAUUAUUAUAUUUUUUUCUUGGCAUGUUUUGACCCCUCACUCCCUGAAACGGGGAUUUGUUGCCAAAGGGUAAAUUGUGUAGAAUGUUGGUUUUGAAUGUCCGCCAUCAUGUUGCUUUAAAGCAUGGGUUUGCUUGGCUUCGUCUGGCUGUUCGUAGCUCUCAUUCAGUUUAUGUGCAUUUUGGGCUGACCUGGGCUCCUCAGUGUUUGGCUUGCAAUGACUGUCUGUGCUACUAUAAACCUGUGAUUCAGAUAGUCAGCACUUCUCAUCUGUUUGUGUCAGUGUACAGUGGGUGUUGAUAUUACCUGUGGGGUGGAUGGAAUGUUUCUGUUGGUUAUAUCAUGUGGAUUAAACCGCUCAGCAGCUAAGCAAUUUGAAAAGGUGCAUGGUUAGAUCUUUUAUUCUUGAAAAUACCAGAUAAAGAUAUAAAUAUAUAAAUACACAGUGAACACUAAAUACAAAAGGAAAGGCAUGUCUUUACAUGGGUCGUUUACCGGUUAACGCAGAGCAUAUCAGAGCGUGAAUGUUCAUCCAGUCAUCUGCCAGUCAUGCCGUUUUGGAAGCACAAGCUCGACUGGUGGCACUUGCUGCUCAGCGAAGUGCAGAAACGUGGAGGUUGCGUAACGGUGCCUCUGACAGAGCGGUGUGAGAUCUGCAUCCGAACUGGGUGGAGGUGCAAAGCGGUUGAUACGCGGAGCAUGAAGGAAAAAAAGCCUUGGGUGCAGCCGUGUAGAUGGAGGAGAAGGCAGACAGACACAUCCUUAUAUUAUUACUGUAAAUACAACUUCAUUCCUCUGUACAGCUUUUGAGUUUGGAGUACGGCUGUCAUGUGCAUCCCCAUGCCGUAUUUGCUGCCAACGUUUGUGUAGAAUACUUGUUACUUUCACAGAAAUGAGGAUGAUAAUGGAACAGAUGCUGAAGAUUGAUAUUAUUAUUAUUAUUAUUAUUGCAUAAAAAUAGUGUAUGUGGCUGACUUGUAUUGACUGUUUACAACAAAGUUGUACUCAGAAACAUAUCCAGUCUCUGUGGAGCUUCUAUACAUAUUGUGUUUACAGGAAGCAGAAAUCCUCCAUGUCAGUUGCAAGGAAUUCAGACUUUGUCUGGUCUUGUUGGAGGUUUUCAGUUUGGUGGAUGUGAUCUAGGAGAUGACAGGAAAGCAACGGGGAAAAAAAUUUAAAGCAAAAAACCUGGAAAAUGUCAUUCACUAUUGCAGGUGCAAUGGGCAAAAUGUCAGUCGUGAAUCCAUUGUGAAACCUUGUGUUCUAUUCAGCGUAUUCCUGUUAACAGAGUACAUUUUGGUGCAUCAUGUUAAGUAAUGUGAAAAUAUUGACCCUGCAAUUUCCAAAUAGAGAAAAGAAUAAAGAGAAACGGAAUACAUUGUGA